AUGAUGCUUCGUCUCUGCUAUAGAACCCGUCGCUACUGCUAUUACCUCUUCCCUCACCACCACCGUCUUCCCCGUCUCUUCUCCACAAACCCCAUCGAGCCCCCCACCAAUCUCAAAAAUGCCAACCAACUCCCUCCUCCUCCUCCGCCACCCGCAAUCCUCCACCGCCGCCCCACCCCUAUCUUCCCCAUCCCCACCCGCUCCACCUUCCUCGGCCUCUCCGCCGCGAUCACCUCCGUCGCCAUCGCCUCCUACGCCGUCAUCUCCCUCGCCGACUCCGACGACAAGUCCUUCAAUCCUCUCUACGACGGCGUCCGAGGCCUCGCGCGCCAAUCCGCCGAGUCGUGCCGGAGGAUCAUCCACCACGCCAAGCAGACCGGCGUCACCGCCUCCGUCCUCUGGCACUCUCUCCGCUCCGUUUUGUCCUCCGCCAACCACGAGGUCCGCUCCGGCUUCCAGCUUAGGGUCGCGGCGCUCCUCGCCGAUAUCUCCGCGGCCAAUGCCAGCCGCAGGGCCGCCAUUGUGGGGGCCGGAGGCGGCGCCGUCGUUGAUUGGCUGCUCGAGUCUGUGGCGGUCCCAAGGGAUGGGUCCCGCACUCAGGCGGAGUCGGCCAGGGCGCUGGCGUUCUUGCUCGCCGAUCCUAAUGUCUCAGCGGCCGUGCUCGGCAGGCCUAACGCUGUUCCCAAUCUCUUGAGGUUUAUCUAUUCCUGCCAGCCAAAGCAAUCCAACAAGCGUUCGGUACGUAGUUCACUCGAGGUUUCUGAUUCUUUGAGAGGCAGGAGCAUGCUUGUAGCUGCCAUAAUGGAUAUUGUCACGUCCCACUGUGAUAGUUCAGAGAAGGUGUCUUUUAAGCCUUCUUUGCCAGGUGAUGCUGAAACGCGGGAUAUAGCAGCUGCCCUUCAAGUUAUUGAAGAAGGUGGCAUGUGUUUGGAUGAUUCAAAUGAACAUGAAGGUGAUGAGGAUGGUGAUAGUGGAAUCAAGGGUAUUGGUAUAAAAGUCCUUGGGGGUACAUCAGUUUUAGGACUAUCAAGAAUAAGUGGACUUAUGGAGUUGGGGAAUUCUGGUAAUAGUGAUGUAGAAUCAGUGAGGGUCACUAACCAAAAUCUUCUCCUGCAAAGUAAGCAUGAUAGUUCUUUAGCGCAAACCAACUUGUCUUCAGCUGUCGUUCCUGGGCUCUGGGAUGAUUUGACUUGUCAACAUGUAGCAGUUCCGUUUGCUGCAUGGGCAUUGGCAAACUGGGCAAUGGCAUCAGAUGAGAAUCGAUCACUCAUACAGGAAUUGGAUGCUGAUGGAAAUGCUGUCAUGACUGCUCUAAUGGCACCUGAGAGAUCAGUGAAGUGGCAUGGUAGUUUGGUGGCUCGCUUGCUUUUAGAGGAUGAUAAGUUACCCCUGAAUGGUUCAGUAUCUGAAUGGAGUUCCAGUCUUCUUUCUACUGCUUCACAAGCAACUAAAAAUAAAGACAUUCCUUUGGCUCAGGUGGCUUUGUCAGCAUUUUUGGUGUCUGUUGAGAAAAGCCCUGAAGCACGGAAGAUAGUGAUGGAGAAGGGUCUUCAUCUGAUAAGAGACACUGCUAAGCGGACAAAGAAGAAUAAGCAUGUGCAGGAAGCCUUGGCAAAGGCAUUAGAAUUGCUAUGUACUGGAGACUUGCAUUUAUCUCUUCAAGAGAGUCAGAAGUGGUCUGGUGUAUUACUUCCAUGGGUUUUUAGGCAAUCUUAUUCUGAUACCGUACGUGUUUCAGCGAUAAAAAUUCUCUCUCGCAUUCUUGAUGACUAUGGACCCCAUUCUGUACCGAUUUCUCAGGGAUGGUUAGCUAUUCUGCUAACUGAAAUUCUGGGUUCCAGCAAGGCAUCAUCAGUUAAAGGCAACACUCAGCCUAAAUCUGAUAAAGUUAAGACUCAAAUUGAUCAGGCAAACAUUCUUUUGGCUGCACAAACUGCUAAUCAGUUGGUGGCAGCUGUUGUUAAUCUAGCAGUGAAGCAGCUAGGAACAACCCCUGAUUCUGUUGAUACAUCUCCACUGGCAGACCUUCUUUCCAUGGAACCCUUUUCUGCCCCAUUAAAAGCUCUAAAGAAAGAUAUUGUGCCUAAGGUCGAUGUGGCAGAUUCUGCAGUGGCAACCUUGAAGGGAAUCAAAGCACUGACUGAAGUUUGUUCUGCUGAUACUUUAUGUCAGGAAAAAAUAGUUGAUUUUGGGGUCUUAUGUUUGCUGAGACGGUUUUUGUUGCGUGAUGAUUAUGAGAAACUUUCUGCAAUAGAAGCAUAUGAUGCUUCUAAAACGCUUGAGGCACAAGAUCGAACCUCAAGUAUGCCCAAAGAAUCAUAUACUGCAGAUAGUAACGAUCCAACUAGUGUCAGAGUUCCGCCUACAGCACACAUUCGUCGGCAUGCAGCUAGGCUGUUAACUAUCCUCUCGCUACUUCCCAAAGUCCAGAAAGUCAUUAUAGAAGAUGAAACUUGGUGCAAGUGGCUUGAGGAUUGUGCUGAUGGUAAGAUCUCAGGUUGCAAUGAUCUUAAGAUACAAAGCUAUGCUCGAGCAACACUAUUAAAUGUAUUAGGUAAUCGCCACAUUGAUAGAGAUUCUGCAAAUGAUGACAGUCCUGAUGCUGGUACCACAAGCAGUAAAAAACGUUCUCCCAGAUACGGUGACAAUAUAUUUUUAAUCAAUCCUGAAUUAUCCCAUUGGAAAUGUCCUGAAAAAGUUGAUCAAGACACAGCUCACCAGGAUGCAUUUUCUUUAGAUGGGCCUAUAUCUCUUGACAGUGAGGAUAAACCUGUGACCAGUUCUGUGGAUGCAUCUCACAACGGCACAGGCAAUAGGGAGCCUCAUUUAGAUAUAGUUUUCGUGCAUGGCCUCCGUGGGGGGCCUUAUAAGACUUGGCGUAUAGCCGAGGACAAGUCAUCCACCAAGUCUGGCUUGGUAGAGAAGAUUGAUCAGGAAGCUGGAAAGCUGGGAACAUUUUGGCCAGGUGAAUGGCUUUCAGCUGACUUCCCCCAAGCUCGUAUGUUUACCCUUCGAUACAAGUCAAGUUUAACGCAAUGGUCUGGCGCUAGCCUGCCCCUUCAGGAAGUUAGCUCAAUGCUGUUAGAGAAGAUUCUGGCUGCAGGUAUUGGGGAUCGACCUGUUGUUUUUGUGACUCAUAGCAUGGGGGGUCUGGUUGUCAAGCAAAUACUCUCUAAAGCAAAAUCAGAGAAUAUCAAUAAUCUUGUAAACAACACCAAGGGAAUUGUUUUCUACAGCUGCCCUCAUUUCGGAAGCAAACUUGCAGACAUGCCUUGGAAGAUGGGAUUUGUGUUGCGCCCAGCUCCAACUAUAGGGGAGCUAAUAAGUGGGUCUCCAAGAUUAGUACAGCUUAAUGACUAUAUUCGUCACCUUCACAAGAAGGGGUCGCUUGAGGUCCUCAGUUUUUGUGAGACAAAGGUGACUCCAAUUGUUGAAGGUUAUGGAGGAUGGGCUUUCCGAAUGGAGAUUGUACCAAUUGAAUCAGCAUAUCCUGGAUUUGGUGAUCUCGUUGUAUUGGAGUCAACAGAUCAUAUAAAUUCUUGCAAACCGCUCAGCCGCAGCGAUCCAUCAUACACAGAGAUAUUAGAGUUCUUAAAGAAGCUGAAAACCAGCUCCAGAAAACAGACAGCAGCGUAAAGAAAAUACGCCUCAAACUUUUUUGUUCAUGUAUACCAUCCCAUUUCAGAGACCAGGCUUGGCUGGUGGUGGUUUUGAUCAAACCAAACCGAAAGUGCGCAUUGGCACACAAAACCAGUCUAAUGAGUUAUCAGACUUGUAUUUACGCAGCGGUAAUCAUCCAUCAGAAGAGCGGCAGAUUCUUUUGUACAUUCUCCAACCUCAGAGCUAUCAUUCUUCAACCCCAUUAUUCUUUGUACUUGUUAACCAUGUUGUAUCAGUAGUGUAACAUUGAUGAUGUAUUUAAACCUUACUCGUUAAACUCCAAGGGAGAAUAAUAGCUUUCAAAAGUAUG